AUUUCUAAUAAUGAUUAGACAUUUUUAAAUUAUAUUUUGGAAAUAUAUCUUCAUUAUAUAUCUAUUAACGUGCAUUCGUCGGAGCUGGAGAAAGUUUGCAAAACAGACAAUUACGAAAUGAUCGGAAAUCAUUGAAUGUGAUCCUGUGACUGGUUAUGUAACUAUUUCUGUACUGUGUUUUUGCAAAAUAUCAGUUUAACUUUGUAAAACAAAGAUGGAAGACGAUAGGCCACUUCUUUCGGGAAAAAAUGAUGAAGAAUCUGACACAACAAUGGAAAAAGAGCCAGAGACUAAGGAGCAGGAGGGAUUACCAUGGUACCGAACUUUGACCCCAUACAAGUUGUAUGUCCUCUUCCUCCUGCUGCUGACCUACUUACUGAAUCAGCUAGACAGAUACAUGCUGGCCAUCACAUCCAAGUCCAUGGCUCAGGAAAUUCAUUUUGGGGACAAAGCCUGCAUGAAGAACACAUCUUUCUCUGACAAUGCUUUUAAAGGGGUUAAAUGUGGAGACAUUUCUACUGAAGCUUUGUGCCGAAAUGCAACAAAUAACCAAACACAGCAUGUUUGUUACUAUGACUAUAAUGGACAAGGAAAUGAAUACCAGAUUGUAGCAGGACCUGCCUUCAUAGUCAUCUAUACAUUUGCCGGAAUCUUCAUUAGUUAUGUGGCUGAUAGAUACAACAGAAAGGUGAUGUUGGCUGUGUGUCUAAUGUUUUGGUCAGUCAUGACCCUGUUAACCGGAUUUGUCAAGGAGUACUGGCAGCUGGUUAUUCUUCGGUUUGGACUUGGAUUCGGAGAAGCUGGUUGUGGCCCCUUUGCUGUGUCCAUUCUAACAGAUUACUUCACCCCAGAAACAAGAGGAUUUGCUCUUGGAAUUUAUAACUGGGGGAUCUACUUUGGCUAUAGCAUGGCUUAUGCUUUUGGAAAUUUCAUUUCUUUAGCAGACAUCAAUGGUCAAGGAUGGAGAUGGACCUUUAUUCUGUCUGGUAUACCUGGUAUUGCUAUAGGAGUACUUAUGUUGCUAACUCUGAAGGAGCCAGAAAGAAAGAAGGAAAAAGUGGAACUCUCUGGCUCAGCGUGUAGUCGUCUCGGAAUGACACUUAAACAAUUCUGUAGUCCCUCAUUAAUACUCAUCUGUUUAGCUGGAUCCAUUAGAAAUGCUUCAGGAUAUGUGUUUGCCUAUAACACCCAGCCAUACUUUACUAGUAUCAAUCGGAGUCCAGAGGAAAUUGGGAAGUACCUGUCUUGGGUCCCCUUGGUUGGGGGAAGUGUGAGUGUCUUGUUGGGAGGGUUCAUCUCAGACCGACUGGUCAGGAGGUUGGGGCUUUACUCCAGAAUCCUUGUUAUUGGGAUUAGUUUGUUAAUAGCAGCUCCAUUUGCAGCAGGGACUUUGUACUUUGAUCCUCCAGGGGCAUAUUUCUUCCAAAUACCUACAUAUAUAUUUGGUGAGAUGUGGGUAGGGAUCACAUUAGCCGUGGUGGUGGAGCUCGUCCCUGGCGAGAUAAAGACGACAGCUGUAGCCGCCUACCUCUUUAUUAUUAGUAACAUUGGAGGAAAUGCUAACACCCUGGUCCCUCCACUCACAAAAUAUUUUGAAAAUAAGGAUUAUUCAAAGUCUGAAGCUUUAAGAGCUGCCCUGUAUAUCAUGUAUCCAGGUCCCUAUGUGUAUGGUGCUGUUGUAUAUCUUAGUUCAUUGUGUGUCAUCAAGAGAGAUAAAAAGAAAACACAAAAGGAAAUGGUCUACGAAGCUGACAAGUAGAGAAUACCCUGUAUGCUCUGUAUGCUGGACCUUUCGUGUUCUGUAUCCCUGUGUAUUUCUUGUCUAUGUUUGUACUAAAGCGAGACUACAGGAAAGCCCAAGCCUCCAAUUAUGUGGAAAUGGAGGUCAGCUGAUGACAGUGUUAGUUUAGGAUAAAUUUCUACUUGUGUGUAAUUGUGAAAAAUGAAAGAAAUGGUAUCCAAGAAAUGAUUGUAUAUGUGUAUUGAUUGUGAAGGAAUCUUUAUAUGCUUCAUUGCUUGUUUUUACAAUAUUCUGGAUGAAAUUUAGAGAAUAACUGUCUUCUUGUUUGUUAUUUGUGACUGUUAAUGCAACUGCAGUCAUCAACUGAGUUUUACUGAUUACUGAUUUAACAGUUGCAAAACAAGUUUUACUGGCAAUGCAUCAGCAGGCGGAAAUCAUAUCCUGUACAUUCUGCUUACUUCUAUGUGAUUGUCACAAAUGUUGUCCAUGAUUAUGAACAAGGAACCUUUAGAAGUUCAUACCUUAUGUAAAAGUUUGUUGUAACAUGAAAUUGUGAAUUUCAUCCAAAGGCUACUGACUUGUCAUCGAAGAAUCCCGUACAACAAGUCAUAUCAAAUACUGUCAUGUUUUCCAUGCAAGAUAAUUUACAAUAGCCAAAAUCAAUGUCACUAGUAUGAAGUAUUUUGGUUUUGAAAUAAUUGUGCAGACCAGACAUUUUUAACUGCUUAAGAUAAAGUACCUUAAUUACACUGACACAGCAGAUGGGACAAGAGGGUUUUGAAUUAAUUUGGGGGCAUAUUAUUUUACUACUUAGUAAUGUAUAGGUGACAUUGCUUGAAAAGGAUGCAUUUGAUUUGACAAGAUCACAAAGUAAAUACACAUGUAGUAGAUGUGGUUUUCUAGGCCUGUAGUUGGGAUGGUCUUGCAGGAGUUAUUGGUCCUUUCAAAAGUGUUCUAUUAUACUGUGAAAUCAUCAUUGUUCGUGGGGGACCAAUGUUCGUGGAUUUCAUGGGUCACCCUUACCCACAAAUUUACAUCCCUAUGAAUGUUUAUUUUGUAAACAUGUUGAUUCAUUUAAUUAACCAUAUAAACUAGUAACCCACAAUUAUGUCGCCUCCAACAAGUAAAAUUUUGCUUGGCCACAAACAUUAACCCCCAUGAGUUAAAAUGAUUACACAGUAUGCCCAAAACCCCAGAUACAUGUAUUUGUAUUGGUAAUUAAGAUUUAAAAAAAGCUCCUGUAAGCUUCUUAGUGAUCUGAGUAUUUUUUUUCCUUGAAAAAAUAAGAUCAUAUGUAGUGCACAAUUAUAUGUCAAUCAGAUAAAUAAUGAUAUAAAACUGAUACAAUUUAUUCAGAAGUAACUUUUAGCAUUGAGUGAAUGGGGCAUUAAAUUAAUAUUUUGCUUGAUAGGUAUUUGGAACAUUAUUGGCAUUGUGUUCUUUUUCUAUACAAAGUAUAUUACAUGGGAUAUGCUAAAAAAAUUACUAUAUGUGCAUUAUUUGAAAUGGUAAACUUUUCUAUUAAUUAUAAUGACAGUUUGUUUAAAUGUAUUGCUAUUAAGAUAUGACUAUACCUUAGAAUAUAUUAACAAAUAAUGGAUCAGUAGCCAUAAGUAAUAGCCAGGUGAGCCAAAUGAUCAAAUGUACAGAAACAGUAAAAUAUGUUUAUAGCAAGCACAUAUAAUGAAAAUUCAUGCAACUUCAACCAUCAUAGCAAUUGUUUUUGCCUGUUUUACUGUACAUGUAAUUAAUAAAUAAAUUAUUAUAGACUAUAUUUGUCCAGACAACAAAAGGGUAUGAUGGAAAUGUGUUGUUGAACCUGAGAGAGUAAAUGAAGUAUUUAUAGACUCUACAUUUAUACAGAUAUUGUUAUAUAGUACAUAUAUAAAUAAAUAUACCUCUGAGUCUCUUUUAUUGUGCUCAACUAGUGUAAGUGUAACCUUAAUUUUAUAUCAAAGAACCACAAAAAAAAAAAAAAAAAAGAUUUGAUUUAAUUGUUUCUGAAAUUUGCACCAUUAGA